GCGUGGGCGGGCGUGCUUGCUGCCUUUUCCAAGCAGGUCCCGUGAAUCGUGUGACCCUGCCCUAAUUUCUCAUCUGCGUUUACUUGCAGCUUCCGUGUUAUUUCUGCGCUUCCCGGGGUUGAAUCUCUGGAAAAAAGGUGUGGUUCUUUCUUUGACCUUUGCGGCAUUAUCAGGGGAAGGAGGAGGUGUAUUUUGAAGAGUACGCGGCAGAGGAUUGAAUCUCAGUUUUGGGGUGUUCAAUGAUUUUUGGAGUGAGAUACUGUUUUUGAGGGUUUGGAUGUUGGAGGAUCGAAUCUGAGUGGAGUUAUUUGUCUGGAGUUUGUAGAGGAAACGGAUGAUUAAGGUGGAGGCGUUGGAGGCGUCGGAGGAUUGAAAUAUAGGAGUGGAGGUGGUGUGUGGAAGCGGGACGGCCGGGGAUCAGGCAUAUUUUGGUCUUUGUUCUGUACAUUCAGGAUUCAGGCACCUGAGGAUCGAAUCUGCAGGAAAGGUUAAUGAUAUUAAGAAGUCUUUAUGCUUUUGAGGGUCUGUUGAAUCUCAUUUAUUCAGGUGCUUGGAAGAUCGAGUUUCAAUAAGUGCAAAAAAGGUUAAUCAGUGUUUCAGCGAAGGAAGGAUCCUGUCUCAGUUGCAGAAAGGAAGGUGUCGUUGUCACAGUAUUUAGACAUUGUAUUGCGUUAAUAAAGUUAAUAGGUGAAAGGGAUUUUACCUGAGGAUUUUAGCACAUUAUUUAGGGUUACGAAGGUCAAAUCUUCGUAGAAAUCUUCUUGUAUAUGUUAUAGGCUUCCAAGAAUCGAACCUUUAGAGGCGUGUUUUGGGUUUCUGGUAGAUUAUUAUGACGUCCGGGACCAGAUUGCCGACCUGGAAGGAGCGGGAGAACAAUAAGAGGAGAGAGAGGCGGAGGAGGGCUAUAGCUGCCAAGAUUUAUUCAGGCCUGAGGAUGUAUGGGAACUACAAGCUUCCCAAGCAUUGUGACAACAAUGAGGUUCUGAAGGCGCUCUGUGCAGAGGCUGGAUGGAUUGUGGAGGAGGAUGGAACCACGUACCGCAAGGGUUGCAAGCCACCAGAGCGAAUGGAGGUUGCGGGAUCAACUUCAGUGAGCCCAUCAUCAUCCUACCAGCCAAGUCCAGCACCCUCGUAUCAGCCAAGCCCAACCUCAUCAUCCUAUGUGGAGGGGAGUUCCCUUAUACCUUGGCUCAAGAACUUGUCAACAUCCUCACCCAGCAGGCUUCCGCUGGUCCAUGGUGGCUCAAUUAGUGCACCUGUGACACCACCCCUGAGCUCCCCCACAGCCCGUGGGCCACGUGUUAAGCUUGACUGGGAUGCCAUGGUGAAGGCCAAUAAUGAAAUGGACUGCCCAACAUCUGGGUUCUCGACGCCUGUGAGCCCAUGGUCACAUUACUCUUUUGUAGCUGCAUCUUCCAUGCCUGCCAGUCCACCACCAGAAUCAGGGUAUUUAUGCACUCGGACAAUAGAUCAAGGCUUUCCCUUAGCCUCUGUUAGGGAGUCUGAGGUCGUUGUAAAGGCUGUGGCAGACAAGGGCCAGUGGAUGGAUGGGAUACGUUUGCCUCCUGCUGGUCCAGCAUCUCCUACCUUUAAUCUUCUAACCCCUGCAGCCCGGCAGCUCCAGCAUGAGGGGCUUUCAGGUGUUUCAGGGCACAAUUCAGCCCCGAGCAGCAGACUCUGGACACCAGGGCAAAGUGGAAUGUCAUCUCCAUCGAAUUGGACACCUGGACAAAGUGGGAUGUCAUCUCCUUCAAAUUUUGCUGCUUUGGAUAGAGCAAGUGAUGCAGCAAGUGAAGGAGAACCGAGAAUGAUGUUUGAUGUUUGCAUGGAUCCAGCAGAGGAGUUUGCCUUUGGAAAUGUCGCAGUUAAGCCCUGGCAGGGUGAGAGGAUUCAUGAAGAAUGUGGUGGUGAGAUUGCCUCAGAUGAUCUUGAGCUGACCCUUGGUUCCUCUUUGUCUUCUUCAAAGCCAAGAUCAAAUACUGAAUCCUGCUUAUUUUCUGGUAAACAAUGAAAUCUCAGAAGAAAGAACAAGAAUUUAGAGUUAUUCAUGAAUUCUGUCUGCUGUUAUGAUGUAAAUCUGGAAUACUAAAUCUAUCAGAAAAGAUGAAUGAUUAUUUUUUCUCUUUGGCCAGUUUGAUAACUUACUUAACAAAGCCGCACCUGCUUCUCUGCAAUCAUGUUGUGAAAUUCAGCAAGGUCUUCAGAUCAAAUCCAGGAAGUCUGGUCAAUGAAUUUGCUUAAGGUUACUUGACAUGUAAUAUCGGCUGGCUGCUUCGUACAGUUUUGAUGGAUAGCCUUUGCUGAUUUUAGCAGCCAUCAGUAUCUGUCUUUCUUUUUUUGUUAUUGAAGGGCAUUUGCUGAUAUUGAUUCCUUUGAAGCAAUUGCAUCAUUAUUGGUAGGCAGUUUGGCUUCAUGCUCUAGAGGAACACAGAGAUUGAGCAGAUAUUGUCAGCAAAGUUGGUUUUGCUGCUGCUUUGCUAUUUUGACUAUUUCUUUAUAUGCUCUAUGCAUGGCAAAUUGUAUCUUUCUGGCAUUUUGGGCAUUGUAUAUGAUAAUGUAGCUUUUCUUGGACAUUUUAGACA